AUGAAAAUCUCCUUCAGCAGCAUUCUUGCCGCGGCAGCAGCUGGCCUGCAAGUCGUCAGCGCCAUCGACCUCGACCCGAGCAAUGUCACAUCAAUCAAAUCUGCAGCACGAACACUUGCAUUCGGCCUGCAGUCGUACUAUGUCAACAACCAAACCACCACCCCUCCUGGCACGAUUGGCACAUUCCCAGGUCCCACAUGGUAUUGGUGGAAAGGUGGAGCAAUAUGGGGAGGCAUGGUCGACUAUUGGGCAUACACCGCGGAUUCAGCAUGGAACAAUGUCACACAGCAGGGCAUUCUUGCUCAAGUUGGACCAGACUUCAACUUCGAGCCACCAGCCUACAAUGGCAAUCUCGGCAACGACGACCAAGCCUUCUGGGCGUUGGCAGCCAUGUCAGCAGCUGAAUAUGGAUUUCCUGUACCCGAGGCUCAGAAUGACAUAUUCUGGCUCGAUCUUGUGAAGACAGUGUUUGACCGACAAAUUGCUCGAUGGGACACCCUUACAUGCAACGGUGGGUUGAGAUGGCAAGUCUUCGAGGCCAAUGCAGGCUGGAACUACAAGAACAGCAUUAGCAAUGGCGGCCUGUUCCAGAUUGCUGCGCGACUCGCAAGAUACACCGGUAACCAGACCUAUAUCGACUGGAGCGAGAAGACAUGGGACUGGAUGAGCGACAUCGGCCUCAUCAGCUCAACUUAUCAAGUCUUCGACGGUACCGACGUCCUCAAGAACUGUAGUGAACUCGAUCACACACAGUGGACCUACAACCCAGCGAUGAUGAUAUACGGCACCGCAGCACUCGCUAACCUCACAGAGGACCAGGUCUGGAAGAAUAGGACCGAGGGUCUAUUAACAUCGAUAGAGAAUAACUACUUCUCAAUGUUCACGAAUGCCACCGACAUCAUGACCGAGACCGCCUGCGAGCCCUCCAACAACUGCGACGACGACCAACUCUCCUUCAAAGCUUACCUCUCUCGCUGGAUGGCCAAGUCCGCAGUAGUCUACCCAGCGAUCUUACCAAAUGUCCAGAAGUACCUCACGGCCACAGCCCAAGGCGUGGUCAAAGCCUGUACCGGCGGCGCCAACGGUGAAACUUGCGGACAGAAGUGGUACACGGGUGGCUACGACGGCAGACCUGGCUACGACCAGCAGCUUGCUGCACUCGAGACCGUUCAGUCGCUUCUGCUUCUGAAAGGCGUUGCGCCGGAAACAUAUCCAGACACCUCCGACAACGUUUCGAUCAAAGGUAUGCACCACAACAUCGAGUAA